ACUUGACCUCCACAUGUCACCACUCAAAUCUUAAAAUCACUAGGCUCCGAUGUUUCUCUCUUCAUCAUCUUGGCGUUAACUGCAUUUUCACUUGUCUAUUUUCCUCCCCCGACUCUUGCCCCUUGAGGGGCCCUUUCCCCCGGUCGGAGUAACGCCGUGCCAAUCUAGUGGCUGGUCCUGGUCCAACCUGACGGCCAUCAUCCAGCCCCCUCUCCUCCCUUCCUCCCUUCCUCCAACCAUUCCCUUCGUGUCACGAUGGGUAACUCCCAGACCAAGGAAUCACGAGCCGGCACGCCGCAUCGUCAACAAUGGUCAUCUUCCGAUGCCUCCGGCAGCGGCCGGGUCGUCUAUCAAAACCCUCGAUCGGGCAGAAGCAGUCGACCUGACUUGUCUAUUCUCGGGAUCGGGAGCAGUCAUAGAGAUAGAGAUGACCGUGACGUGGCCUCACUGGAACACCGGCGCGAAACCAAACAGGAGCGGGAGGCUCGUCGCCUGGAGAAGGAACGACUGGCUCGUGUGAAGGAGCGCGAGCGCAGUAUGAAAGAGGAACAUGUGGAUGGAGGUUAUUUGGUUACCCAGGGUGUCUAUGUGGGCACGGAGGACUUCAAUAAGGUGGUCGUUCGACAACUGAUGAUUGAGCGAAGAAUGGCUCCUUUCUGGAGAGGACUGAAUGACUUCUCAGAAUCAUGGGCCGAGCAUCAAAUCAUGGCCGCAGCCCGCGGCAUGACUAUUCCCCCGCCCGAUGAGAUUCCCCCAGAGUUGGAGUACACGCCACCCAAGGCUAGUGACACGAAGGCGGAGGUGAACAUCCAGCACCUUACAGUGCCCAUCACCUCCCGGUCGCAGUCGCUUAAUUCCGAUGUCUCGCAAACCUCCAACCCUAGCCAGUCAUUACCAUCGGGGAUAGCCUCCGGUACAUCCACGUCACCAUUCUUCCGCACUCGCGCAAAGACUCUUGCAGCCCUGACUUCCUCAAGACAUGGCUCACAGACAGAUCUGACUCCUCGGGAACUGCAGCUUCCCAAGGAUCCAUUUGUCAACGGCCAGCCAAUUGAGGUCUAUCUUUACAAGGAUGGGACCGAAUGUCCGAUCUGCUUCCUGUUCUACCCUCCGUAUCUGAACCGAACUCGAUGCUGUGACCAGCCCAUCUGCUCCGAGUGCUUUGUUCAGAUCAAGCGCCCGGAUCCGCAUCCCCCAGAGCACGAGCAGCCUGAUGCCAAUGCUCCGGCUCCGGCUGAAGGCGAACAACCAGCAGCAGCUGAAUCGACCGACGGCCAAUUGGUCUCUGAGCCCUCCGCUUGUCCAUUCUGCGUCCAACCCGAAUUUGGAGUCACCUACGCCCCGCCACCCUUCCGCCGAGGCCUGACCUAUGCCGCCGACCUGAGUGUUCGCCCCUCACCCAACAUCAUCUCCCCUGUUUCCUCCACCUCGUCCCUGGUCUCUGCACAUGCUCUCCCCACGCAUGGCCGCCGCCGUGCCACGUCCUUAUCUGCGACCGACCCCAGUGUCGUCACGACAGACAAGGUUCGUCCAGAUUGGGCGCAAAAAUUAGCAAAUGCCCGCGCACAUGCGGCACGUCGGUCGGCCGCGGCGACUGCUUUACACACCGCGGCCUAUUUGAUGAAUACCAACCCUUCCGGAAGUGACUCGCGCGGUAUCGGUCUGAGUCGGAGAGGUCUGCGGAGAGCUACACAGGGGGACGCCGGCCGGACCGGAUCUCCCGCACUCAAUGCGCUUGCAUUUUUGACUGAACGACCUGAUCGAACGCCACCUCGUGUGUCUGCACCAGAUACGGAUUCUGCGGAGGAAGGACAAGGAACCAUUGCGCCACCACGAGACAGCUCGCGACGCAGCCGCAUCGAUGACCUGGAGGAGAUGAUGAUGAUGGAGGCGAUUCGGUUGAGUCUGGCUAGCGAGGAAGACCGCAGGAGACGAGAAGAGAAGGAAAUUCGGAAGGAAGCUAAGAGAAGGGAAAAGGAGAAGGAGAAGGAGGCGAAGAAGGCCGAUAAAGCAGCUCGCAAGACUGGAUUGUACAGCAACAAUGCUAGCACGUCGGCGUUAUCUACAUCCGUUGAAGGUGUCGUGGGCAAAGCGAGCAGCUCUUCUUCCAUUGCUGAAGAGGGUCCGUCGGCAGGCAAGGGAAAGGCCGUUGAUCGUGCGACUCCGUCGGCUGCUGUGGAAACGGCCCCAGCUGCUUCAUCAAUCACCUCUAGUCCGGCCGAUCAAUCUUUGGCCCCGCCUGAUCUGUCGGCCACUGCCGAGCCAUCGAAACCAUCUCAUCUCCGACAUGUGUCGAGCGCAUCGUCAUCAAUAUCGUCCAUCAUGGAAGCCAAUUCUGGGGAGCGUACCGCCGACGGGAGCAGUGCUUCUCUUGAACCGUUGUUCAACUUUCGGAGUUUAGCUGCCGUGAUUGGCGACGAUGAAAAGGGUCAUGAGUCGGAGCAUAUCGAGGACACUACGCACCGGGCCGAGGGCUCGUCAAGUGCCACCCCAUCUGUUCACCAGCUGUCAGCUGAUGUGGCUCGAGACAGUGACCCUACCAAGUCCGAGAAACCCCCCGUCGUGAAGGAACCCGUGGAAGUGCAGGAUAGCCCUGGUGGCAUCUUGCCUAAGGAGCUCGAGACUCGAUCUGUGGAGAUUACCAACGAAGCGAACACCGAGGCGACCUCAUGACCACGAUCAUCGGGGUCUUCUCUUCUCUCAUUGCCAUCAUUUUCAUUUGUUCUCGUUAGAAAUCUGUCAUCAGACAUGGAUUGAGCCGGCGUCGCAGGGAAGGAUUAAUUUUUUUUGAUUGUUGGCGGAGGGAGGUGGUGACUUUUCCCUUUCGUUUUCGGGCACCAUUCGCUCGUUCGUUCAUUUGUCACUUUCCAUCCAUAACACGCAUUUUCCUUCUUGUCUCCAUCUUCUUUCAUUCUGUCUAUGAUAGAGAUGUGAUUGACACUCCCCUUUACCCUCUCAUUGUCUCGGUCUUUCGAGGGGAGUACUUGGUUUCUAUCUGUCUCCCACUUCAGCGUGCUUGGUGCCCUCGUUACUAUGUAUUUUUCCACCACAGUUAACUAGUAGCCCUUCUGUGGCUGUUCUAUAUUUCUGCCUGACAUCACGUAACCCGUUGGUUCCUUGACAUUCUAUCUUGCAUUAUCAUCAGCCUGUUAAUAGAUUGUAGUACAGG